UUCGUAUUAACGCAGUGCGGCAUGGCGUCCGCUUCCAAAUCUUUCCUGGCUGAUGCUGGCUAUGGGGAGCAGGAGCUAGACGCCAACUCUGCCCUCAUGGAAUUGGACAAAGGACUCCGAUCUGGUAAACUGGGGGAGCAGUGUGAAGCUGUCGUCCGUUUCCCCAGACUCUUUCAGAAAUAUCCAUUCCCAAUUCUAAUUAACUCUGCAUUUUUAAAACUAGCGGAUGUUUUCAGAGUCGGGAACAACUUCCUGCGGCUCUGUGUUCUGAAAGUUACUCAACAGAGUGAAAAGCACUUGGAAAAGAUCCUGAAUGUAGAUGAGUUUGUGAAACGAGUUUUCUCGGUUAUUCACAGCAAUGAUCCAGUUGCUCGAGCCAUCACGCUCAGGAUGUUAGGGAGUAUGGCAUCCAUAAUUCCAGAGAGGAAAAAUGCACAUCACAGUAUUCGCCAGAGCCUGGACUCCCAUGACAAUGUUGAGGUUGAAGCUGCUAUUUUUGCCGCAGCUAAUUUUUCUGCCCAGUCCAAAGAUUUUGCCGGAGGGAUAUGUAACAAAAUCAGUGAAAUGAUUCAAGGCUUAGCCACUCCUGUAGACUUGAAGCUGAAGCUGAUCCCCAUCCUACAACACAUGCACCACGAUGCCCGCUUGGCCUCUAGUGCCCGUCAGCUCCUCCAACAGUUGGUGACUUCCUACCCUUCGACCAAGAUGGUCAUUGUUACUUUGCACACCUUUACCUUGCUUGCUGCAUCCUCUCUGGUUGACAUUCCCAAACAGAUCCAGCUCUUACUUCAGUAUUUGAAGAAUGAUCCAAGAGAGGCUGUGAAAAGGCUGGCUAUCCAGGAUUUAAAAUUACUUGCAAAUAAAACCCCACAUACUUGGAGCAGAGAAAAUAUUCAGGCACUUUGUGAAUGUGCUCUUCAAACUCCUUAUGACAGCUUGAAGCUAGGCAUGCUAUCUGUACUUUCCACACUGUCGGGGACAAUAGCCAUCAAACAGUAUUUCAGCAUUGCUCCAGGAGCUACAGCUGCUACAGCAAGGUCAUCGGACCUAGUGAAACUAGCGCAGGAGUCCUGUUACCAUAAUAACCAGGGUAUUGCGGCUCAUGGAGUGCGAGUUCUGACAAAUAUAGCUGCUUCCUGCCAGGAAACAGAUCUUUUGCUGUUGGAGCAAGAUGCAGUCUUUGGCCUUGAAUCCCUCCUUGUUCUUUGUAGCCAAGAUGGCAGUCCAGGUCCCCAAGCAACUUUAAAGAUUGCGCUCACUUGCAUGGUGAAGCUGGCCAAGUGCCGCCCCCAUCUCAGCCAGUCUAUUGUGGAAUCGUUGUUGACCCAGCUGCACAGCGCUCAAGAUGCUGCCAGGAUCCUCAUGUGCCAUUGCUUGGCAGCCAUUGCCAUGCAAUUACCUGUCUUAGGGGAUGGGAUGCUGGGAGACCUGAUGGACCUCUAUAAAGUGAUUGGGCGAUCUGCCUCGGAUAAACAGCAGGAGCUCCUGGUUUCUCUUGCCACUGUGAUAUUUGUUGCCAGUCAAAAGACUUUAUCUUCUGAAGUUAAAACUGUUAUCAAACAGCAACUUGAAAAUGUCUCCAAUGGAUGGACAGCUUACAGGAUAGCCAGACAAGCUUCCAGAAUGGGUAACCACGGCAUGGCCAGGGAGCUCUACCAAAGCUUGCUGACUCAGGUGGCUUCUGAGCACUUCUACUUCUGGCUGAACAGUUUGAAGGAGUUCUCCCAUGCGGAGCAGUGCCUAACGGGGCUGCGAGAGGACGACUGCAGCUCAGCACUUUGUUGCAUUGCUGAGUCUCUCAAAUCAUAUCACAAAGGAAUCGCAUCUUUAACGGCCGCUAGUACACCGCUUAACCCUUUGAGCUUCCAGUGUGGGUUUGUCAAGCUCCGGAUCGACCUGCUGCAGGCUUUUUCCCAGCUCAUCUGCACUUGCAACAGCCUGAAGACCAGUCCCCCUCCUGCCAUUGCAACCACGAUUGCCAUGACCUCGGGCAGUGAUCUCCAGCGCUGUGGGCGCAUUUCCAACCAGAUGAAAUUGUCCAUGGAAGAAUUCAGGAACCUAGCCGCAAGAUACGGAGAUCUCUAUCAGUCAUCUUUUGACGCAGACUCGGCCACUCUGAGGAAUGUGGAACUACAACAGCAGAGUUGCCUAUUAAUAUCACAUGCAAUUGAAGCCCUGAUUUUAGAUCCCGAGUCCACAAGCUUUCAGGAAUACUGCUCUGCAGGUGGUGCACAUGCCACAAGCGAAUAUGAAAGAAGAAUGAUGUCUGUGUUUAGUCACGUGUUGGAGGAGGUAGAAUCGCUUAACAGAAAAUACACACCUGUAUCUUACAUGCACACGGCUUGUCUAUGCAGCGCAGUCAUUGCCUUGCUGAAAGUUCCCCUGUCGUUUCAGAGGUAUUUUUUCCAGAAGCUACAGUCCACUAGCAUUAAGCUUGCCCUGUCACCAUCUCCACGUAACCCUGCCGAGCCCAUCGUAGUUCAGAAUAACCAGCAACUAGCCUUAAAGGUGGAGGGAGUGGUCCAGCAUGGCUCCAAACCGGGACUUUUCCGCAAAAUUCAGUCCAUCUGUCUAAACGUAUCUUCAGUACUGCAGAGCAAAUCUGGACAAGAGUACAAGAUACCCCUCGAUAGCCUGACGAACGAGAUGGAGCAGAUGGUGGAGCCCCACAACGAUUACUUCAGCACACAGUUCCUCUUGAACUUUGUGGUCGUCGGCACCCACAGCAUCACCGUGGAAUCCUCUGUCAGGGACCUCAACGGCAUCAUAUGGAAGACCGGGCCCAAAACCACCUUGUUUAUAAAGUCUCUCGAAGACCCCUAUUCCCAGCAAAUCCGGCUGCAGCAGCAGCAAGGGCAGCAGCCACCCCAGCAACCCCAGCAGCCGCAGCAGCGGACGGCGUAUUCACGGUUCUAG